AUGGAACUUUAUCAAGAUAUUUCAUCAUUAUCAAAAGAAGAUAAACCAUCAUCAACAAUUGUUAAUAUAAUAAAAGAUAAAUAUCGAUCAAUGCCUGGAUUAACAAGUGAAGAUAUGAUUAAAGCAUAUAUGCCAUCACCUAAAGUUCAUAUUACAAAAUGUUUAUUAGAUUCAUCAAGACAACGACAACCUCGUUUUCUAACUUCAUCAAAAAUAUUAACACGACCUGAUUAUUGUGAUAUAUGUUUAACUGGUCAUCAUAGAAGUUCAGCAUGGAUUAGAUAUAAUGAACGAAGAAUUGAAGAAUUACAAAAAAGAAUUGAUUUAAUGUUACAAAUUGAUGAUAUUGAAGAAGCUCAAUUAUUAUUAUCAUCACCAAUUAUUCCAACAACUGCUACAGUUACACAACGUAUUGACAAUAUUCUUUCGAGAAGAUCAAGACAUCCUAGUCUACGUCUCUACGAUUACUAUGGUCUUCUAUCACCUCGUCGAUAUCAAUAUCGUUUACCUCAUCGAUUGAAUCAAUCAUUACCAAAUACACCUCGUCUAUUAAGUCGAUGCACUACACGUUCAACAACACCAGUAUCAAAAUCAGUUCGAAUAUCUACUCAAUCCGUUCCACCACGUAAUACUAUUCAUUGUCGAUCGAGAUCAGCUUCUCGACCACUUGUAUCAAUAUUACGUCAUAGUAGUAGUGUACCAGCUAUUCCUCGAUCAACUAAAUUAGUUGAACCAACACAUAUUUAUCAAAGUAAAGUUGAUGGAAAAAUUUAUGAUCUUAAAGAAUUUACUAUUCCACGAUAUUAUCGAUUGUACAAUGAUGUUAGUUUUCGAGAAAUAUACAAUUUCUCACGUUUACUUGAUGCAUAUUUGGAGACAAAUCGAACAAUUACAAAAGAUUAUUCAACGAUGAUUAAAAAUUUUGCAUUAGAUCAUCUAUUACCGUCUGCUAUAACAAGUGUUUCAUAA